GCCGCCGUGCUCUUCCCGCCCAAGCCAAGCAAACCAUUCCCCGCACGUUUUGUUUUCCCCUCGUCCUACGGCCAGGCUCUAGGGCCCUACGGGAAACUCGGCCUCCCCAGCCACGCCACGCCACCCUCUGCUCUGCUGCCUUGCUUCGCCGGUAUAUAAGCCAACACGCAUCAGCCAUCAGCGACGUAAACACGCCGGUACUUUCACCUUUCGGAGUCGAGCCUCCCGCGCGCGCCUACGCUCUUGAUCAUUGUCGCCGUAGCCUGCUCCGGACCGGACGUGUCACCCACCAAUCCUAGUACAGCAAUGCGCAUGGCCGCGGCGGCGGCAGGAAGAGCCCAUGGCCCUUGGAGUGCACCACGCGGGCUCUCCGGUCGGCGCGGCCUCCUGUCAUCGCCUCACAACGUCGCCGCGACGGCGAUGGUUCGGUUCGGCGCUCGUCGCGCCGGCGGGAGCAGAGUGAUCCUCUGCCUCGCGUCGGGAGGCGGCGGCCACCCGCGGGACAGCGGCGAGUGGGAGCCCGCGGGCUCGCCGUGGGACGGCCGGAUGGUCGACGAGGGCAUGGCCACGCUGCGGCGGCGCAUCCGCGAGGUGGAGGACGGCGAGGACGGCGACGAAGAGGAAGAGCCGGAGGGGGAGGAGGAGGAGGGCGGCGCCGGCGUCUUCGUGCCCCCCUGCGAGUGGACGGAGCUGGAGCGGCGGCACCACGGGCUGUACGUCGCGGGCGUGCGCGAGGCGCUGGGCAUCCUGUUCGCGUUGCUGGUGCGCGCGCGGCCGGGGCUCGGCGUUGGGGUCGUGACGCUGGUGCUGCUCAGCGUGCCGGCCUCGGUGCUCCUCGUCUCCGCCGAGCUCGUCCGGGCCGUCCACUCCAUCUCCGCCGCCCUGCUCAACGGCAGAAUGUAGACAUUUGUACUCAUGGCUGUCUGUACGUAGUUUUGCUUCGUGCACGGAGGGACUAAUCAAAUGAUGUAGGAUUUCUUUUCCGAUUGGACAACGAUCCGUCUGGUGAAACAGACUCUUGAAAUACAUGUCUUGUUGGAGCAGGACAACAACAAUGAGUUGCACUAAUUCACCUA